CGCCCGAUCUAAGUGAGCGCGCCCUUGCUUCAAAGCAGUAGCGGCUCUCGCGCCUCUGGCUAGGCCUCCAGCCCUUCUCUACCUACGUCUCGUUCUCCGCACCGCAGUUCUCCGGCCCUCAAGCGCCCCAGGCUAUCUCCCAGUCCGGGACUCCGGUACUGUGUCCCCAGACCGCCCGCUCCAGGACCAACCCAAGCUCCGCAGGCCGCGCGCCGCCAUGGGGGUGGAGGGCUGCACCAAAUGCAUCAAAUACCUGCUCUUCGUCUUCAAUUUCGUCUUCUGGCUGGCUGGAGGCGUGAUCCUAGGUGUAGCUCUAUGGUUGCGCCAUGAUCCACAGACCACUAGCCUGCUUUACCUGGAACUGGGAAACAAACCAGCACCCAGCACCUUCUAUGUGGGCAUCUACAUUCUCAUUGCUGUGGGAGCUGUGAUGAUGUUUGUAGGCUUCCUGGGGUGCUAUGGGGCCAUCCAGGAGUCUCAGUGCCUGCUGGGGACGUUCUUCACCUGCCUUGUGAUCCUGUUUGCCUGUGAGGUGGCUGCAGGCAUCUGGGGCUUCGUAAACAAAGAUCAGAUCGCCAAGGAUGUGAAGCAGUUCUACGACCAGGCCCUCCAGCAGGCUGUGGUGGAUGAUGAUGCCAACAAUGCCAAGGCUGUGGUGAAGACCUUCCACGAGACGCUCAACUGUUGUGGCUCCAACACACUGACCUCACUGACCACCACUGUGCUGAAGAACAGCCUGUGUCCCUCAGGCACCAACAUAUUCACCUCCUUAAUGAAGGAUGAUUGCCAUCAGAAAAUCGACGAGCUCUUUUCUGGGAAGCUGUACCUCAUCGGAAUUGCGGCCAUUGUGGUAGCUGUCAUUAUGAUCUUUGAGAUGAUUCUGAGCAUGGUGUUGUGCUGUGGCAUCCGGAACAGCUCCGUGUACUGAGGCCCUUUGCUUCGCACCAGAGGGUCCCUGGAGUGACCAGAGGCCACCUUGGGGGCCAUGGCCUGUGUAUAUAAUAUUUCUGUAUUACUCUGCUACACUUAGCCUUUUUACUUUUGAGGUUUUUUUGUUCUGAACUUUUCCUGUUACCUUCUGGGAGCUGACAUCACACAUAGGUGGCAUAUGUGGGGAUGUAGGGAUGGAGCUGGCCCUGGCUUGCAGGGCCCUGUACUUCUGGGACCCUGGAGAGUUCUGCCUGCUGAGCCAAACCUCCUCCACAGCUACUUGCCCAGAGGCUAUGUAGCCAAGCUAGAGGGCCAUGUCCACCCACUCUGCCCACUGUGGGUCAUAUUGCUCACAUCUUUUUAAUCCUUAUCCCUUUCCUGCCUCCAUUUCAAGAGCUGGGUUUGUAAGCACUCUUAUGCCUUCAAUGCACUUAUUCUUUCUAACGUAUCACCUUCAACUGUAAUUAAAUCUUGGAACAGUCAUUUAAUAAAGGAGGAAAAAACUCAGGCAUGCUAA